CUCUCUCUCACUUUCCUCCUACUCCCUUCUUCGACCGACAAAAACGCCUGCAAAAUUCAGAAAAAAAAAAAUGAGAAAAACGACCGGCGCGGUCCAGCUCUUCCGAGGUCUCCUCAUCCUCGCCGUCUGCCUGGCCCCGUCCGCCCGCGCGUCGGCCUUCUCGCCCCUCGAUUUCGCCGCCGUCAUGCCUUACUCCGCCGGCGAGUGCCGGGGCUCGAUCGCCGAGUGCUUGGCCGCCGGCGCAGGGGACGGCGAGUGGGGGGAGGAGCUGGCGAUGGACUCGGAGACGAACCGGCGCAUCCUGGCGACGACGCGCUACAUCAGCUACGGGGCGCUGAGGCGGAACACGGUCCCCUGCUCGAGGCGCGGCGUGUCGUACUACAACUGCCGCACCGGCGCUCCGGCCAACCCCUACACUCGCGCGUGCAGCAGGAUCACGCGCUGCAGGGGCUGAAGCGGAAAAU